AGCGUGAAAUGAAUAAAAUAUCAGGUUGUUUCAGGGUUCUGGGGGUUUCAUAGCAACUGGAGAACUCCUAUCAUCUAGUUGUCUCUUAAUAAGUUUCCGAUCUAGUUUGCUUUUCGCUUGCCAUGAAUGUUGAUGUGUACGGAUUUCUACGAGAACGAAUCAGUCUCAUAUAGUCAGUCAAACUAUUGUGUUCCAUUUAUUAUAAAUAAAUAUAUAUAUAUUUUUUUUUCGGAGCUAAAAAAUAUGAAUUCAAUUGUGAAUAUACGCUUGGAAGGUAAGAUGAAUGCACUUGGAUUGUUUCUAAUUGUGCUGUGCAGCUCGCUGGGCGUGACCGAGUCGGGGCAGACGGGAGAAAUGUCCACGGAGGAGAUCAUAGCGAAUCAGGAUCUCAGGUGGGAUGUGGAGAACCCAUUGAACACCGAUAGCUUUGUUUCUCUGCGACGGAAGCAAACGAAUGACUCUCAUUAUGGCGCUGGUCAUGUGUGCGGUGGCUCGCUGAUUAGCCACAAUGUGGUGCUAACUGCGGCGCAUUGUUUCAUGGAUCGAACGAGCAUGGAUGGCACUUUCCUGGACAAGUCGAAUUUCAUUGUUGUGCUGGACAAGAAGCACCUGCUGAUGCCCAACGAUAAGCCGUUGACCUUUGGAGUGGACGAGGUGGCGGUGCUGAUGACGAUGUUUAACAUGAAGAGCUAUGACAAGGAUAUUGCAUUGAUUCACCUCAACGGUACAGUGCCGCCAUUUAUACGUCCCGUUCAGAUGACUACGGUCACGGCACAGCCGCUAACCCACUGCCAGAUCUCCGCCUGGAACAACGAUCAAGUGGAAUACUUUCUCGGCCAUUUGGUCAAGCUAAAUGUGACACUAAUCGAGCAGCCAGCCUGCCAACAGGUCGACCUGCAACCGGGCAUGAUCUGUGUGGAAAAUACGAACGACACCAAGCUGGCGGCCUGCACCGCUGAUGGUGGGGGACCGCUGCUCUGCCAGGGGCAGCUGGUUGGCAUCAGCUCGUGGGGAAUCCGCUGCGGCGUGCCCAACCAAUCGGGCAUCUACACCAGCGUGCAUCACUACAAAGCCUGGAUAGACGAGUUUGUGAAGCGCUACGAUAUACGUGAGCAGCGACAGGCAGUCGAAAAAGAAGCUGAUUCGGAUGAGGAAGCCGAUCGGGAAGAUCGGGAAGAUCGGGACCUGGAUUCCGAUAGGGACGAUAAUGAUUUUGACGGUGGUCCGGAUUCUAAAGACCUAACGGAUGCCAUAGAUGCCACCAAGGCGAUGGGGGGCGCCAAAGCCUUCAAGCCAUCUAACAUGCAUUUAUAUUCCAUAUUCCUGUUCACCAUAUACCGCUUCUAGCAAUCCACAUGAUAUGAAUCAUACAAUGCCAUGAGUAGCCUACUUUUAGGAUCUUGUGCUCGAUUCCAUUGCUGUGCGACGAAACAAAAACAAUUACUAAUAGUCCGACAAAGUCCUAUCUAUCUGAGGCGACGAUAAUCGUUUAAACUGUUAUUUUUCUUGACCUUUAGAAUAUCCCAUUAUCAAACCGCUCAAAAUUCCAUUUCGUGUUAUAAUUGGAAAAACUGUGUUUUAUCAUUUAUCUUUGAUUUAAAUAAAAAUUUGGAGUGAAAAAUUGAAAAA